AUGGCCACUCGGGUGCUGCCCAUGAGCGCCCGCCUGGGUCCCAUGCAGCAGCCCGACGAGCCGGUGUUCGCUCAGCUCAAGCCCGUGCUGGGCGCCCGGGAGGCGGCGAUGUUCACGGGGGAGGAUCUGAAGCAGCAGCAGCCGGGCGGCGGGGCCAGGAUCCCGGCGGAGGAGAUGGUGCAGACAAGAUGUGAAAUGGAGAAAUAUCUGGCACCUCAGCUUCCACCAGUUCCUGUCAUCCCUGAACAUAAAAAAUACAGAAGAGACAGUGCCUCAGUUGUAGACCAGUUCUUCACUGACAGUGAAGGGUUGCCUUAUAGUAUCAACAUGAAUGUCUUCUUUCCUGACCUUACUCACCUGAGAACUGGCCUAUACAAAUCCCAGAGACCAUGUGUAACCCACAUCAAGACAGAACCAGUUACCAUCUUCAGUCAUCAGAGUGAAACUACUGCCCCUACCCCCACCCCCACUCAGGCUCUCCCAGAGUUUACCAGCAUCUUCAGCUCUCACCAAACUCCCGACGUGAACAACAUUUUCAUCAAGCAGGAGCUUCCUACUCCAGAUAUUCAUCUUUCUCUCACACCCCAGCAGGGCCAGUUAUAUCAGCUCUUGAGUUCACCGGAUUUAGAUAUGCCCAAUUCUACUACUCAGGCGGCAGUAAUGGACUCUCUUAACAAUGUUUCCAUGUCAUCAGCCAUGGCAGGCCUUAACACUCUCUCCUCGGCUAUUCCACAGACUACAAUGAAACAAUUCCAGGGUAUCCCUCAAUGCACAUACACAAUGCCAAAUCAGUUUCUUCAACCACAGGCCACUUACUUCCCUCCUUCACCCCCAAGUUCAGAGCCCGGAAGUCCCGAUAGACAAGCAGAAAUGCUACAAAAUUUAACCCCUCCUCCAUCCUAUGCUGCGACUAUAGCUUCCAAGCUGGCAAUCCAAAAUCCAAAUUUACCGGUGGCCAUGCCAAUAAAUUCACAGAACAUCCAGACAGUCAGAUACAAUAGAAGGAGUAACCCAGACCUGGAGAAGAGACGUAUCCACUACUGUGAUUAUCCUGGCUGCACAAAAGUUUAUACAAAGUCUUCCCACUUAAAAGCUCACCUGAGAACUCAUACUGGGGAGAAGCCAUACAAAUGCACAUGGGAUGGCUGCGACUGGAGAUUUGCUCGCUCCGAUGAGUUAACACGCCACUACAGGAAGCACACAGGGGCCAAACCUUUCCAGUGCGCUGUGUGCAAUCGUAGCUUCUCUCGCUCUGACCACCUGGCUCUGCACAUGAAGAGACAUCAGAACUAA